AUGACGGGUAGCAAUGUUGUCACCAAGUGGCAGAAAGUCCAAUUAUUCUACCAAAGCAUCCUGGAAAAUGGAGACAAAAGGACAGACAACUGGCUUCUGGUCUACUCUCCUGUGCCAAUUACUUGUAUAUUUUUGUGCUACCUGAUCAUUAUAUGGGUCGGACCAAAGCUGAUGGCGAACAGACAGCCCGUCAACCUCAAACCUGUCCUUAUUGUUUACAAUUUUGCCAUGGUCUGUCUCUCCGUCUAUAUGUUCUAUGAGUUCACUGCAUCUUCUUGGUUGGCCAGAUACAGUUUGCUGUGCCAACCAGUUGACUACACCAACAGCCCAUUGGCUCUACGGAUGGCCAGAGUCUGCUGGUGGUUUUACUUCUCUAAAGUCAUAGAGCUCAGCGACACCAUAUUUUUUAUUCUGCGGAAGAAAAAUAUUCAGCUGACGUUCCUUCAUGUCUACCACCAUGCUACCAUGAUCUUCAAUUGGUGGGCUGGAGUUAAAUAUGUCGCCGGGGGUCAGUCUUUCCUGAUUGGUCUGAUCAACUCUCUGGUCCACAUAGUAAUGUAUUUGUACUACGGGCUCGCAGCACUAGGACCGCACAUGAAAAAGUACCUGUGGUGGAAACAAUACCUCACCUCCCUGCAGCUGUUGCAGUUCCUCAUAGUCACCAUGCACACUACCUACAACCUGCUUGCUGACUGCGACUUUCCUGACUCCAUGAAUGCGGUUGUCUUGGCCUAUUCUCUCAGCCUAAUUGCUCUCUUCAGUAACUUUUACUAUCAAAACUACCUCACCAAGAAGACCAAAAAGGACAAAAGCUCUUAGAGAACAUGUGGAUGGAAGCUAAAAAUGAAAACAGGGAGAGAAAAAACUGUUUUUACUCAAAAGAACAUACCAAGAACCAAGCAAUGGCAGCUAAGGACGAAAGCUUGACCAGGACAAGGACUGGAUAAUGACACUGAUGCCCAGAUUCUUGGGGAAUAAAUGGAUCCACACAAAACUGUGUGCUUAUGCUUGGGGUAAAGUUCUGGGGCCACGUUUGCAAAAUCUAACAAUCAGCCUAAGUGGAUGGGAUUGUUUUGCAAAAAUAAAAAGGUUGGUUUGAGGAAAUGUGCCAGGAGGAGCAAAAGGCCGCUGACAGACACUGACAGGCAAAAAAGACAAAGACGUAAACCACAAACUACAGCAUGACUACUGUAGAUAAAAAAAAGUGUUUGUUGGUGGCAAUAAUAAACAGUUUCUUUCCACUUA